AUGGUGGCCGCCAUUCCAUCCGCAAACAUCAAUGAUGCAGAGACCAGCAGCACGCCUCAUAUCGCUUUAAGCAGUUUAAGAGGACCUGGUCCUCAAGGCAAGCAGGAUGGCAUAUCCAUCUCUCUCUCCAGCAAUCACGCUGCCACGAUGAGACUCGUCUACCUCUUCCUCCCCCUGAGCCUGGGGCUACCAAUCACCAUUCCCGUCGAAGGCACGGAAGUAUACCAACUCCAACACCAAGAAUAUCACCAACUGCAACAGCAACGGACAAUCCUCCCACAAAACCAUUCAGAGCAAGACCGCCCCCAAAUCCAACCCAGCUCCAGCCCCCACGGCUCAUUCAUCAACCUCAACCUCCGCAAGCUCAAGCCAAACAACAACACCAAUACCACCCAACCAACCGACAAAAUCCUCCAAGCAUACCUUCACACCCUGCCCACCUCACACCUCUGCGCGCACACCCUCUCGCAAUAUGCCCCCGAGCUCCUCGCCCUCGCGCUCUUCUCCCUCCUCCCCAUUACCCUCUGCAUCCUCACCUUUGCAGAGCGCAUCGCCCGCUCCUGGACCGUCGAGGCGUAUCCCGAGCGAGGGCGCGACAGGCGAAGGUUUCUGGACCGGGAGCGGCGGUGCUUGAUGCAGGCGAGAAGGGAGAGGGAGAAGAGGGCUGUGCUGGAGAGGGGGUGGUGGAUUGCGGAACGGAAGCGUUGA